AUGACUACGAUGAUGAUGAUGAUGCUGCCGGAGCAUGACGAAGAUAUCGACGACGAUGACGACGAUGACGACGACGACGAUGGCGACUGUGACAACGGCAACAUCAAUGUCAGGACAGGAAACGUGGUCAUAUUGGGUGCCGUUCCUGCCACAGAGGCAAGAGGCAUGCUACAGCCAAACGGCAGCGAACGAGAUGCAAUGACAACAACGACAACAGCGACAACAACGACAACUACGCCAACGACAAAGAGAGGAGGACAAACGCCAAGGCAAUCGAUGAAUGGCACCGAGAAAUGCAAAAUGUGCCUGCUGGGCAGCCAUGAAACCAUAAACCCCAAACCCGAGGCACAAGCUGAAAUCGCGGCCAAAGUGUAG